GUGCAGGCGCGUUGCGUAGGGGCGGGGCUUGCGGUCGGCGUCUUUUCCAACUGCGGCUGGAGGCAGCGCCAUUUUGAACGUGCAGGCGUGAGUGGGAGCGGGCAGUGCUGUGGCCUAGCGACCUCCGGGUCUUUUCUGGCUUUUUCCUUCCAGUCGCGUCUCCCUAGGGAGAUACGGAGACACAGCUACAGCUUUAGGGUUGGCUCCAGGGCCCGAGGCGAAGCCCUGGGAUGAUGUUGAGAGGAAACCUGAAGCAAGUCCGCAUUGAGAAAAACCCGGCCCGUCUGCGCGCUCUCGAGUCGGCGGCGGGCGAGAACGAGCCGGCGGCUGCCAUGGCGCUCGCGCUGGCCGGGGAGACGGCGCCAUCCGCGCCCGCGCCCGCGGAGGAGCGCCCUGACGAAGAGGUGGGCUUCACCAUCGACAUCAAGAGCUUCCUCAAGCCCGGCGAGAAGACGUACACGCAGCGCUGCCGCCUCUUCGUGGGCAACCUGCCCACUGACAUCACGGAGGAGGACUUCAAGAGGCUCUUCGAGCGCUAUGGAGAGCCCAGCGAGGUCUUCAUCAACCGCGACCGAGGCUUCGGCUUCAUCCGCUUGGAAUCCAGAACACUGGCUGAAAUUGCAAAAGCAGAGCUGGAUGGCACCAUUUUGAAGAGCCGACCUCUCCGAAUUCGUUUUGCAACACAUGGAGCAGCCCUGACUGUCAAGAACCUUUCUCCAGUUGUUUCCAAUGAGCUUCUAGAACAAGCUUUUUCCCAGUUUGGUCCAGUAGAGAAAGCUGUUGUGGUUGUGGAUGAUCGUGGUAGAGCUACAGGAAAAGGUUUUGUAGAAUUUGCAGCAAAACCUCCUGCGCGAAAGGCUCUGGAAAGAUGUGGUGAUGGGGCGUUCUUGCUAACAACGACCCCACGUCCAGUCAUUGUAGAGCCUAUGGAGCAGUUUGAUGAUGAAGAUGGCUUGCCAGAGAAGCUAAUGCAGAAAACUCAACAAUAUCAUAAGGAAAGAGAGCAGCCACCACGUUUUGCUCAGCCUGGGACAUUUGAAUUUGAGUACGCAUCUCGAUGGAAGGCUCUUGACGAAAUGGAAAAGCAGCAGCGUGAGCAGGUUGAUAGAAACAUCAGAGAAGCCAAAGAGAAACUGGAGGCAGAAAUGGAAGCAGCCAGGCAUGAACACCAGUUAAUGCUAAUGAGGCAAGACUUAAUGAGGCGUCAGGAAGAACUCAGGCGCUUGGAAGAACUCAGAAACCAAGAGCUGCAGAAACGGAAGCAAAUACAACUGAGACAUGAAGAAGAACAUCGUCGACGUGAGGAAGAAAUGAUCCGACACAGAGAGCAGGAGGAACUGAGGCGACAGCAAGAGGGCUUUAAGCCAAAUUAUAUAGAAAAUAGAGAACAGGAAAUGAGAAUGGGUGAUAUGGGUCCCCGUGGAGCAAUAAACAUGGGAGAUGCGUUUAGCCCAGCACCUGCUGGUAACCAAGGUCCUCCUCCAAUGAUGGGUAUGAAUAUGAACAACAGAGGAACUAUACCUGGCCCACCAAUGGGUCCUGGUCCUGCCAUGGGACCAGAAGGAGCUGCAAAUAUGGGAACUCCAAUGAUGCCAGAUAAUGGAGCAGUGCACAAUGAUAGAUUUCCGCAAGGACCACCUUCUCAGAUGGGAUCACCUAUGGGUAGUAGGACAGGUUCUGAAACCCCUCAAGCCCCAAUGAGUGGUGUAGGUCCUGUUAGUGGUGGUCCUGCUGGUUUUGGUAGAGGAAGCCAAGGGGGCAACUUUGAAGGCCCUAAUAAGCGUCGGAGAUAUUAAACAUUCUUUCAUUCCUGGCUAUUGAGAGAGAAAAAAUUCAGUGGUAUGCCUUUACACUUUAACCUGUGACCUGGAAGAAAUGUUUUUUUUUUGUUUUUUGUUUUUUUUUUUGUUAAUGUCUGUAGACUUUAAAGUUUUUCUUUUGUAAAACUUGAGGUUUUUGUAUUUUUCUUCAUUCAUUAGCUUUGUAGAUUAGAAUGGUAAUGAUGAUGCUCAUCAUUGUGAAUGUUAAAAUGUGUUUGUGACCUUAGCUAAAUCUAAGUAUGCCAUAGUACUGUGAAUCUGUGUAGCUACUUAAUCUCAAUAAAGAAAUCAUUUUGGAUAAUUUAAAAAUGUUAUUAGUGGAAUUCUCUUAUAGUUUUAAUAAACUUUGCUGUAACAGUAAUACUUUGGUUGCUUUAAUCCCAGCCAUUUAAAAAUGAAAAUAAUUUUAUGCUUUUUAGUUUGUGCAAGUAGUACUGAAGACAGAAACUUAGUGAAAGCUUAUGUUAAUAAAGGGUGAUAGAGUAGUACAUUGGGGGGCAUGGCAGUUUACAUUUUGUGUAAACCAUUGAUGUUCUGUGAAACCAGAGUUGCUGUCCACAUUUCAUAUAGAUUCUGAAUAUUCAAAUAUUCCGAGAAGGAAUAUUAAGGAUAUCUUUGUCCUGUGCUGAUUUUUGCAAAUAAAUCUUUUCAAUCUUGAAAAAAAACUGUUUGAAGGCAAAUCUCUUUUGCUUAUAAAAUAAUGUCUAUUUUUAAUCUCAUCUGCCAUUAUUUGGUGUCAAUAUCUAGAUCUUACCCUUUACAUUUUCUUUAAAAUCAAACAAUACUGUUAGGUUGGAUGUUAAGUGAGGAUUGCUCUGUGGUUUAGAAGAAAUUAGGCAUUUAUUGAGAAGGUUGGUUUCUAGCAGUAUGCAAGAUGGGCUGACUACAAUGUUUGUAAAUAUUAUCUGAUAGUUGGUAAGUCUCUCCAGUAUACUUGUCUGACGGUCUAGGUGUGUUUGUCUCCAAGGAAUACAGUUCAAGAGGUAAUUUUAAAAAACAGGUCAUUGGAAUCAUAUUUUGAAGUUUGAAUUUUAAUACCAGAGAAAAAUUGAUUUUAUCACAUUAUAACUUUUAUUCCAAAACACAGUUCUUGCUAUAUUUAAAAUUUUGUGUGUUAGCCAUGUUUAAUUUAAAAUUACAUUUAAGGAAUCAUUUUUAAGCUAGACCACAAAUCUAAUGCAUCAGCCAUUAUACCAGUUGUUUCUCACAUAAUACAGUGUUAAUAUAUUAUGCUUUUAGCAUAUUUCUGAAGAAUAACGUGCUAUUUAAAAAUGAACCUCUAUUUAAAACUAUGUACCUCAUUUUUGCAUUGUUUCUGUUUUUGCUGGAAAGCAUACUUGGGAAAGAAUUUGGUUAAUAAUUUUAAAUCUUGCAUAAACUCAAUUGGGUAUAAAACAUAAUUGAGAUGACUUGUAUCAGUUAAAUUUUUUUAUGUACUAUUUCAUAUUCUGUUUUUUUAGACAACAUUAUGGAUGGAAUCAUUUUCUAAAAUUUGCAAAAUUCACAGGCUUUGUUUUUGGAAAUCUUAGAGAUUGUAAAAAAAGAGUUAGAGACUAUUCUUAUAACAUUUUCCAUGAGUAUGAGUUGCUGGGGUGGGAUUUCUUUUAAUUUGGACAUUAAUUUCAGUGUGGGGAGUUUUAGCAUUAGCUAUAAAUUUCAAGUAAUACAUAUAUUGUGCCUAAAUAUACUUUUCCCAUCUACAUUUUUAUUCAUAUAUCCUUCAGUAAUUUUUAGCUUUGUGUUUUGCUUCAAAGCUGCAUUAAGGUUGGGAGAAACUUGACCCUUUGCUGUUAAUACCAAGCUAUCUUUGGUCAGGGCUAUGAAAUUAUGUAAGAUUCAUUCAAGAACAUUGAAAGCCAGUGCACAAAGAGAUGUCCUAAUCUCCUGAACUUUCUAGUGUCCGGCUCAACUCUGGCUCCAGGAACAGAGUUCUACACAGCCUUUUCCCUGCAUCAAGAAAAUCCUUGUUCCAGUGCUUACAAGUCAGCUUCUGAGACAGUCAAGUGGAGCAUCUGUGAACUCCUAGUUACUCAGUUUUGAGUCUUCUUGUAGUUAACUCUGGAUGAUUCAGUCAGUAUUUUUUCUUGUGAAUUAGUGUACUGAGGAAGAUAUUUGAAUGUCAUUUGCUUAAAAGUGGUAGACAUAAAAAUAAAGAAUUUAGUUUUUCUAAAGUGUAAA